CUCGGCAGCUUUUUAUAGAUAUGGGAUCGGAUAAUAAAAAAUUAUUCACGAUUCCAAGUGUUCCUAGGAUUAAAUUUUCAAGAAAUGAUUUUGAUGCUGUGUUUGUAGAUCCAGAGUACCAGAAUACAGAACAUUCUGAAUAUGUCUCGGAGCAAAUUCAAGCAACGGGGAAAAGCUAUGGUAUAAUUGUUAACAGCUUCUACGAGCUGGAAUCAGUUUACGCUGAUUACUGGAAUAGGGAAAUCGGUCCGAAAGCAUGGUGUGUUGGACCGCUUUGUCUGUCGGCGCCGCCACCACAAAACAAGGCGGAAAAUGGCCAAACACGGUCGUGGAUUCAAUGGCUUGACGGAAAGCAAGAAGAAGGAAAAGCAGUUCUGUAUGUGGCAUUCGGGUCACAAGCAGAUAUAUCAAGAGAACAAAUCAAGCAGAUCGAAAUUGGGUUGGAAAAAUCUGGCGUCCAUUUUUUGUGGGUUGUUCGGAAUAAGCAAGCUGAAGAUGAUGAUGGGUUUGAACAUCGGGUGAGAGACAGAGGACUGCUGGUGAAAGAAUGGGUUGAUCAGAGGGAAAUUCUUGAACACUCUAGUGUUCAAGGAUUUUUAAGCCACUGCGGAUGGAACUCAGUAAUGGAGAGUAUAUGUGCACAUGUACCAAUUCUGGCAUGGCCGAUGAUGGCGGAUCAACCACUGAAUGCAAAGAUGGUGGUGGAGGAGAUUGAAAUUGGACUGAGGCUUGAGAUUUUUGAUGGUUCUGGGAAUGGUUUUGUGAGCUGGGAGCAUUUGGAGAAAAUGGUGAAAGAGUUGAUGGAGGGAGAGAUGGGGAAGAAGGUGCGAAAGAAGGUGAAGGAGAUCGGAGGCGCCGCGGCAAAAGCAGUUGCAGAAGGCGGGUCCUCUUGGAAGGCAUUGAAUGAGCUCAUAAAUGAGUUGCAUGCAGAAACGGUCAAGUGAAGAACUUUGUUUGGUUUUAUUUAUCAUAAAGUAUUUAAUUUUGAGCAGUGCUGUAAUUUUUAUUUAGUU